CAACAAAUUGUGGAAUAUUUCUUUUAUAUAUUAAAAUCAUAUGAAAUAACGUUACAAGAUGGGUAAAGGUUUCAACAAUUAUAUGUGUAAGAAGUUCUUUCAUCCCGCCUCAAGAGAUAAUCUUAAGCGGGUGUGGAUGGCAGAACAGCAAGCUGAGGCGUAUAAGAAGAAACAGGAGGAGUUGCGCACACAAUAUGAGAAGGAACAGAAUCUGCAUGAAAACAAGGCGAUGCUCAGCAAGGAUAGCAAGGACAAGCUGAGCGUUAACUUCAUGUACGAGCCUCCGCCAGGUGUGCGCAAGGAGCGUGAAAAGGACGACAAUGAACCGGAAUACAAGUUUGAGUGGCAGCGCAAAUACAAUGCGCCACGUGAGUCGUACUGCAAGGGUGACACCGAAAUACGGGAUCAGCCCUUUGGUAUUCAAGUGCGUAACGUACGCUGUCUCAAGUGCCACAAAUGGGGGCACAUCAACACGGAUAAAGAGUGUAGCAUGUACAGCAUAUCGAUGAGUGAGGCACGCAAACUGCACUCCGAGUCGGAGGCGAACGAUAUUAUGUCCAAGAAUGUACUUGAGGAGCAAAUGAAGGAGGAUGGUUUGAUGAUGAAGCAUUCGGCAUUGGAACUGCAGAGCAUUAAGGAUGUGCAGCAGCGCCAUCAGCUAGUUCCCAGCGACGAGGAGGAUGAAGCAACACGCGCCGCCAGGCAACAGAAUCCAGAGCUCCUAUUCCUUAAAUCGCUGAGCAAAAAGCAAAAAUUAAAAUUGUUGAAAAAACUAGAAAAAAUUGAGCGUAUGAAACGCAAAGGUGAAAAAAAAUCACUCAAGUCCAGCAGAAAAAAGUCGAAAAAGGACAGCAAAAAGAAGAAGAGCAAGAGCAAGAGCAAGACUACAGGGAGUAGCUCAUCUUCUUCAUCAUCUUCCGAUUCAGAGAGCGACUCAGCUGACCAAAAACACCGCCACAAAAACAAUCAAAAGAUCAGAGAGAGAUCCCGUUCACGCAGUAAGCUGAGAGAAAAUAGAGAGCAUCACAUUGGUGAACGCCACCAAUCACACAGCCGAAAUGGUCACACAAAUGGCUUCCAAGCCGCUGCUGAGGAGCGGCACAGCAGACACAGAGAUAAUAAUCACCGUAGCAGUGGACAUCGCGAAAGAUCCCGCAGCGCUCACAGAGAGGAGAGAGCAAGACAAAGGCGUCAGCGUUCGGACAGUGGCGAUAAUCGAAGAGAACGCGAACGAGGACGGCAGGCGGAACACAGAAAACGCGACAGAUAUUGACAUUAUGAGCAUUUACAGUUUUAUAUUUGAAACGCCACUAAGGCCCACCAAUAUAACCGUUUUAUUACAACUCACAGUGAAGAAGUGGUUUUCCUUGGGCACAAUUUGUUUGUAUAUUAAUAGCACCAACAAUCGUUAAUAAUGCAGCAGGC